GUUUUGUUCGUGGGCAACAAUGUUCGUGCUGUGUGUGUUGAGCUGCUAUUGUUGUUGUUGUUGUUGGCAUUUGAAUAACAACUUGUUUUCGUUGGCCAUAAACAAGUUCGAGCGUGGUGUUUUGUGGUAAUGUUUUGCUUUGGAGCCGGUUUCAGUAUGAAGUUGUGUGACUCUACAGCUAGUUUGAUGCAACAUCAAACCCAGCAAGAUUUUAUUUUCUUUCAUUGCCCCUCAUUCGCAUUGCAUUUGUUUAUUGUUGUCUGCUUUUAGUUGUGUUUGAGGAUUUGAGUUGUUGAGGUUUGGAGCGCGCACGAGUUACAAUUUUGUAUUUUGUCCAUUAAAAAAUAGCCGCGUCCGCAACGGUUUGUUUUGAAAAGAAAACCCUAAAUCGCAAAAUAAGAAAAGAAACGAAAAGGUUUAACGAAAGAAAGGAAAACAAAACACGCCAGCCAGCCAUUACGGUUUACAAGUGUCAAAUGCGCGGCGUGAUUUUGUUGUUAUUUGAGUGAGACAAAAUAAAACAGGCAAAAAUAAAAAAAAAAUAUUGAAAAGAAUAAAAUUAUAGUUGUCGGAAAAGAGAAUUUGGCAAAGAAAUUAAAGAAAAAGGAAAUUGUUUAUAAAAAAAGGAAAUUAAAAAAGUAAAUAAAGAAAGGUGUGCACAAAGCAUAGAUAAUGAAAAUGAUGUGCUAAACAUGAGUGAUGUUAAUAACAACAACAACAUCUGCAAAAAUAAUGAAAAAUGUGCAAAAUUAGCAAAAAAUUCUUGAAAAUGUUUUGAAAAAUAAAAAAGAAAAAAUAAUAAAAUAUUUAAAGAAAAUAACAAAAAAAUCAAGUGAAAGAGGAAAAAAAUUAUUAAAUGAGUGAUAUUCCCCCCUCUAAUAACACGACGGCACUCAACAUGUCCCGUGAAGAGGAGGAAGAGGAGGUGCGCACUUUGUUGGAACGCCAUCAGGAGCGUAUACGCCUGGAUUUGGGCAACACAGAUUUGUUGGCGGUUUUGGUGAAAAAUUCCGUUCUCAGUCAAUCGGAGGAGGAUUUGUUGCUGAAACCCUAUAAUGCGGGUGGUGGUGGUGGGGGCCAGAACUCGGCACCCUCCAGUGUGGGCGUGACAAAACGUAAACUCAGUGCUGUGAUUAGCAACGCCAGCAGUGGUACCACAGGAAGUACUGGCGGCAGUAGUACUGCCAGUGGUGGCGGUACCACCACUGGUAUUGUUGGCAUUGGCGGCCAAUUGUCACGCAGCGCCAGCAUCAACAGUGACCAUCAACAGCAAACGUCUGCCAGUGUCACGGCCGGGGAUAAUCGUUCCAUCACCCCCUCCGUUCAGGGUGUAACUCUAAAUUCGGCCGAUUCCAUUAGUGAAUCGGCAUAUUCGACCAAGGAUGAAUUGAAAUCGGAUACCUAUAAUGAUGCUGAUAUUCUGCGCAUGCAGUGCUCGACUCUGAUCGAGAUCAUUGCCAAGAAUGGUUUUGAAAAAUUCAAACAAUUCUGUUAUGCCAUCGAAAAUGAAUGCCCACAGCUGAUUGAGGAUUUAAUUAAUGAUCGUUUAAAGUGUGGUACGUAUGCGUAAUUUGGAAUAUCGAAUAACUUAUGGAGGAGGUAAAAAAUAGAGAAUAGUGAUACUAAAAUGGUUGUUAAAUCCAAGAU